UCUGUUUCUUGGAUUUCUAUUUACAGGCUUGUAUAUCACAUGGAAAAAGUUGUGAUUUACGCACUAAACUAACACUACAACUAGACAUUGACAUUCGACUUAAACAAAGUCUCCUCUCUUCAUAACAUUCGCAAACACAUGUAUAUAUAUACCAGAAACCAUAGAUUCCCUUCCUAGCUUUUCAAAAUUCUACAACAAAUAAUGGAUGAGCUCCACGAAGCCGCGAUUGCUUAUUACAACAAUGGCUCCAUGGAACAACAAAAUUUGUCGUGGCAGUUUUUCCGGGCAAUGGAUGUUAACGGAGACGGCCGUGUCAGCCUUCAAGAAUACACCGACUUCUUGCGUCAAACCGCUGGUUUAGCUUGGAUCCAUCCCGAGAUGUUUCGGGAGCUCGACCGAAAUGGAGAUGGUCAGCUUGACUUUUGGGAGGUCUUGACGCUUUACUACGUGGCUCGGACCCGGACCAUUAACUGCCGCACAUGCCUCCGGAUUCUCAAUGGUCUAUACUUCACGUGUGUCACAUGCUUUGAAUCUUCAUGUGGCAACACGUUUGAUCUUUGCGUCAAGUGUUAUAUGCGUCGGACGUAUUGUCAUCCGCAUCGUCUCUUUUUGGAUAGUUAUGUCUUAUUACGAUCAAGACGUAUCCACCAUCCUUCGCAGCCGCCCGGCGAUCAAAACCUAGCUGAAGCACAACAUUCGAGGAUGGGGUGGUGGAAUGCGUUGAGAGCAAUGGAAGUUGCACUUGCUGUUGGACAUCUCGCUGCUUUUUGCACCAUUAUGUGAAUGCUCACUUUCUAGUUCACAUCACAUUUACACAUUUUAUCAUGAUACUCAAUUCUUAUAUAAACAUUAAAGCUUGCUUACUUUUUAUUUAUUUAGUUAUGAAAACAUAUAUUUAUGUGUACGAAACAAACAAAGCCUUUUGCGUUGCAAAAGAGAGGUUCGGCAAUUCUUCAUAAAUGCAUGGUUCGAUAGUUAGUUAAUUUUCGUGUAUAAUUAAGUUCAUCCGGAUUAUGUUAAUUCUAUGUUAU